GUAUCUUCUGUUUCAUGUUUGAUGCUUAUUAACACCUUUACCAAUUGAUAUCAGGGAUUGCAUUAAAGUUUACCAUCCGGGAUGCGUGGGGAAAAAGAAAACCUUCAUGAACUCUGGAAGGCACUGGACUUGUCGUAGGCAUUCUUGUUCAGUGUGCUCUAGUACCCCAAGGUUUUAUUGCCUUUGCUGUCCAAAUGCAUCAUUAUGUAGAGAUUGCUUCAGUGCUUCUGAGUUUACGCUGCUAAAAGGGAAUAAUGGCUUGUGCAAGAGUUGUUUAAAGCUUGUUCUGCUUGCAGAAGAAAACUCGGAAUAUGGUUUAGAAGGAGAGAAAAUAGACUUCAAGGAUCGUGAUACUUUUGAGUGCCUGUUUAAAGAGUGUUGGGAAAUCCUAAAGGAACAAGAAGGUUUCACUUUGGAUGAUGUCUAUUCCGCAUGUGCCACAUUAAAGGGAAAAAAUCAUAAUUGCAGAUUUGAUUCAGUAAAUAUUGGUGAUAGUGACGAAAGUAGAGACCUGACAACAUCAGAUGGCAACACUAGUGCUAUAGAGUUUCAGGAGACAGUAGGAAAAAAGAAGAGAUUUCAGCCAAUGGAAUUUAUAGGAUGGGGUUCCAAACCUCUCAUUGAGUUCCUAAGAUCCAUUGGGAAGGAUACGACCAAGAAGUUAUCCCGGUUUGAAGUGGAGUCUAUCAUCUCUUAUUACAUCAAGGAUAAUGACCUCCCAAAACAGAAGAAAAUGGUUCAAUGUGAUAAUAGUCUCUAUUCUAUCUUCAAACAGAAAUCCAUCAAUAUGGCAAAAUUAUAUCAACUUCUGGAGGAACAUUUUGCAGAAGACAUUAUGGUAAUAGAGGAUAGUGGAAGUCAGGAUGAAGAUAUAAUCAGAUUGGAAGAUAAGAACCAAGGUACAAAGAGCAAGAAGAGAAGAGUGAGCUCAGAUGUAAUAACAACUGAUGAAAACAAAGCUCCUAGUAUCCAUAAAAGCUGUUUUGCAUCUAUUAUUGCUGAGAAUAUGAAGUUUGUUUACAUAAGAAGGAGCUUACUAGAAGAGUUAUUGAAGGAGCCUGAUCAUUCAGAAAGCAAGAUACUAGGGUGUUUCGUGAGAGUGAAAAAUGACCCUCAAGACUACCUUCAGAGAAAUAGUCACCAGCUUUCACAAGUUAAAGGCAUGAAGAAAAUCACAGCAACUAAUGGAGCAGACUUUGAAAUUCUCCUGCAAGUUUCCCAUUUUACAAGAUAUAUUCCCAUUUCUUUGCUAUCAGAUUCUGACUUCACUCAGGAAGAAUGUGAAGAUUUGCGCCAACACAUGGCUGAAGGCUUGCUAAAGAAACCUACAGUUGUUGCGCUUCAAGAGAAGGCGAGAGUUCUGCAUGAGGACAUAACUAAGCAUGUAGGUAUUUCUUACUUUUUGCCUAUUUGA